AUGCGGUUUAACAAUGGGUCCCAAAAGAAAGCCUCCGCAGGCGCUGGGUCCGGACCCAAACCUGGCACCAAGCAGGCAAAAGCUGCUGCGGAGAAAGCCGCGGAGAAGAAGCCGGCCGCCACGGAGGAGCCCAAGAAGCCGACCGUGAAGGAGAUGAUUGGCGGCGCAUCAUGGACAGGCAAACUGCCAGUCAAUAUGCUGUCGGAGCAUUGCCAGAAGCAAAAGUGGGAGAAGCCGGAGUAUAGCAUGAUGAAUUGCGCCAAUAUCCAGACUCAAUCUCGCGACGGCUUUGUGUCCGCGGUGACCCUGAAAAAAGUCGAUCCCAAGACGAGAGAAUUGAUCGUUCUUCCGCCCAUGAAAUUGCCCCCGUCGCAUAAGCACCUGGCCGCGCAAGCAACUGCCCUUGAAGCCAGACAUUUCGCCGCCGCAUUCGGUCUGUUCCGAGUGUGCAAUAUGCGCAACUUGCACAUGAUGCUUCCGCCUACCUAUAAGCAGCUUUGGAAGGAGGAGUUCGCCCAAAUCAAGGUAGCAGAGACAAAGGAGGGCAAGGGUUGGAUGUACGAAGCAGAUCCGUUUCUGGCAAAGCAGGAGCGUGAAAGUGCAGCCGCUGACCUGGAAAAGAAGAAAGUAGAGCGCGAAAAGGCUCAAGCAAAGGAGAAGGUUUCUGCGACAGAUCUAGGCUUAGGUGGAGGUGAUAAUAAGGGCAAGCGGGUCUGGUCGCAGGCGCCGAAGGUGGACAUGGGAACUCGUAUACGGCGCGAGAUCGAAAGCCUAUUGCGGCAGCAUACGGUCUGGAAUCCUUAUGGGAUCGAGAUUCCACAGAAAGAAAAGAGCGCUAUUGUGGAAGAAUUCUCUCGUCUUGGGUUCCGCCGCAGUCACGUCGAGGAGGCUGUGGUAGAGUGCAAAGACCGAGAGGAAGUGCUGGAGUGGCUGUUGAUCUAUGUCCCUGAAGAUGAUCUGCCUCCAUGGAGUCUGCCCGAGGGAUAUUCGGCUGGUGUCAGUCUCGCAGCUGGGGAUCUAGCCCGAGAAGCUAAGAUCAAGCGACUGGCGUCGAUUGGUUAUCCCGUUGAUCUCUGCUCCCAAGUGGUGGAUAGCAAGAAGGGCGACGAAUUAGCCGCAGCCGAGUAUCUACAAGGAACAUUAGCCCAUGGAUCGGCCUUCGCCUCUAUUGACAUCCCCGAAGGCGAUGCGGGAGCUUGGGCCGAGGAGCAAGAUACUCUGGAGGCUAUCUUCGGCGAACGCUAUUCUCGUGUUUCUCCUCGAGUAUGCGAGAUCAAGAGCGAGGCCCCCGAGAUCCCAGAAAAUGCUGUGUUCCGCUUUCAAGAGCCGUCGAAUCAUUACCCUACUGCCCCUCCAGUCAUCUCAAUUCAAGCUAAGGGUAUUCCGGCAUAUAUACGCCUCAGCGCCAUUCGUCAAGCAGUGCAAUAUGCCGAAGAAAGCUUCUCUGGGGAGCCUAUGAUCUUCAACAUUCUGGAUUGGCUAGAAGUCAAUCUGCCCCAUAUUAUGGAGAAUCCAGGUAGACUGCGGGAUAUCUCUACUGUAACAGCUUCUGUGGCGGCGGAAACUCUAGAGAUGCCUGUGCGCUCUAGCCGCAAGCAGCGGAGAGGUAUUGAUUGGAAAGCAAACUCGCCACAGAGCAUGACAAUUCGAGAGGCCUGGGAAGCGAAGCAAGCAAGUACGGCACAAAUUGAGAUGUCCCGGAAACGACAAUCGCUCCCAGCGUGGAAUACUCAAGAAGCUAUUAUCGAAACAGUCAACUCCCAUCAAGUCACGAUUAUCUCGGGUGAAACUGGUAGCGGUAAAAGUACGCAAUCCGUGCAGUUUGUCCUCGACGAUAUGAUCAAGCGUGGACUUGGAGGCGCCGCGAACAUCAUUUGUACACAGCCUCGCCGGAUCUCAGCCCUAGGUCUGGCUGACCGUGUGAGCGAUGAGCGGUGCUCGUCUGUAGGUGACGAAGUUGGCUAUAUCAUCCGUGGCGAGUCGAAGGUCAAACAUGGUGCUACUAAGAUCACAUUCGUGACAACUGGUGUCCUUCUCCGCAGAAUUCAGUCCGGUGGUGAUGCAGAUGGCAAUGUUGCCAGUUCCCUGGCCGAUGUUUCGCACGUGGUGGUUGAUGAAGUCCACGAACGAAGUCUUGAUACGGACUUCCUGCUGGCCCUAUUACGAGAUGUUCUACGUCACCGCAAGGAUUUGAAGGUCAUUCUGAUGUCCGCCACACUGGAUGCCGAAAUCUUCAUGAACUACUUUGGCGGGCGCAAGUCAGUUGGUCUGGUCAACAUCCCCGGACGUACAUUUCCUGUGGAAGAUUACUACUUGGACGAUGUCAUCCGAAACACCGGCUUCGCUCCGGAGUUGAAUGAAGACUUUGAAGACGACGACGCUCCGCGUGGCGAAGAGUCUCUGGGCAAAGCUCUUCGUAGCAUUGGGAUGGGUAUCAACUAUGAGCUGAUCGCGUCUACUGUUCGAUACAUCGAUGCAAAACUUGGUGAUCAGCCAGGCGGCAUUUUGAUCUUCUUACCGGGUACCAUGGAGAUCGAAAGAUGUUUGACUGCCGUCAAAAGGAUUCCGAAUGCCUACCCACUGCCACUUCAUGCCUCUCUCCUCCCAGCUGAGCAACGGCGUGUAUUCCAAAGCCCGCCGAAAGGCAAGCGAAAGGUCAUUGCUGCGACAAAUGUCGCUGAAACCUCCAUCACCAUUGAGGAUGUGGUUGCUGUAAUUGAUACCGGCCGUGUUAAAGAAACCAGCUAUGAUCCCAAGGACAAUAUGGUCCGUCUCCAGGAAGUCUGGGCAUCACAAGCAGCAUGCAAACAGCGCCGUGGUCGUGCAGGUCGUGUCCGCGCAGGCACCUGUUACAAAUUGUACACCCGCAAAGCCGAGUCUAACAUGGCCGCUCGCCCGGAUCCUGAAAUCCGACGCGUCCCAUUAGAACAGCUUUGUCUGUCCGUGAAGUCGAUGAAGGGGAUUGACGACGUCGCUAUGUUCCUAGCAAACACCAUCACUCCGCCAGAAAGCAUUGCCGUCGAGGGCGCUCUAACCUUCCUUCACCGUGUUGGAGCCCUAGAUCACAGCCGACUAACAGCCCUGGGUCGAUAUCUCUCCAUGAUCCCAGCCGAUUUGCGCUGUGCAAAAUUAAUGAUAUACGGCUCGAUUUUCGGCUGCAUGGAGUCCUGCCUCACCAUCGCCGCCAUUCUCACCGUCAAGAGCCCAUUCGUAUCCCCACGUGAAAAACGCGACGAAGCUGAUGCCGCAAAAGCCACCUUCUCCCGCCCCGGUGACGGCGACCUCCUUACAGAUCUAUGCGCCUAUCAGGCCUGGUCCGAGCUAGCCCGCUCCCAGGGCUACUGGCAGACUCAGUCGUGGUGUGGUGCCAAUUUUCUCUCCCACCAAACCCUGCGUGACAUCUCCUCCAACCGCGCACAAUUUAUCACCUCCCUCAAGGACGCCGGCAUCUUGCCCGUCGAUUACACGGACACGACAAGCGCACUGAACCGCAACGCCUCCAACAAGAAUCUUCUUCGUGCGCUAAUCGCAGGCGCGUUCCAACCGCAAGUGGCGCAGAUUUCAUUCCCGGACAAGAAGUUCGCCAGCUCGGUGACCGGCACAGUUGAAGUCGACCCGGACGCUCGCACCAUCAAGUACUUCAAUCAAGAGAAUGGCCGGGUGUUCAUCCAUCCCAGCUCGAUCCUGUUCUCGGCCCAGGGUUACCCCAGCUCGGUAGCGUACAUGGCCUAUUUCACGAAAAUGGCGACGAGCAAGACCUUCAUCCGAGAUCUGACCCCCUUCAAUGCCUACUCCCUCCUCCUCUUCUGCGGCUCCAUUACCCUUGACACCAUGGGUCGCGGUCUGCUUGUAGACGGCUGGCUCCGACUACGCGGAUGGGCCCGGAUUGGCGUGCUCGUGUCACGGCUGCGCACAAUGCUCGACGAGUCACUGCAGGCACGCAUCGAUAACCCGACGCUGGGGCCUGCCGCAGGCACGGGCGACAAAGUAAUUGAAGCUGUGAAGAGACUGAUUGAGUUCAACGGGCUAGAUCAGUGA